GUGAAAUAGAGAAGUGAGGCAGAGAGGAGAGCUGGAGGGGAUAUUUUUGAGGAACCCAUUCUGACGUCAGAGACGAAAAGAGAGAAGGAGUUUUCUCUAUUUGCGCGUGAAUUGAAGAGAUACAGACACACAUCAGGACAGUACAGCCAGAGGAAAGGGACAGAAAAUGUAAAUAACGUUGAAUAUAUACCGUGUGGUUUUUCUAACAACAUCCUCACCCAGCAGAAUAUACUCUUCUACAAAAAAAAAAACAAAGAGCAGCAUCUAGCACACAGAGCGAAUAGAGAAAAACCACAGGCCUUUAAAUAGAUGACUGAAAAAGAGAAGUGUGAAGUGGACAGAGAUUACAGAGAGAGAGAGAGAGAGAGACAGAGGGAGAAAGAGCGAGAGCAGAAGUUAACAUCAGUCUCUAAGAAAAGCGGAGUGGCAACCAGUGCCACCGUGGGACUCCAGAUAUCGCUCAGAGCCGGGCUAACCUGGGAUUUACUCGCAGCAACGAUUUCACAAAGCAGAGAGGACGAGGGCAGAAGGAGGAAGAGGAACGAGGAUAAAGGAAGAGGCAAAGCGCUCAUAGGAACCGAGGGGGGCUCAUGGGAAACCUCCUGAAAGUGCUGGCUUGCGCCGAACUUGAGCAUGGCCCAAUAGUUUUCCUUGACUUUGAACAUGCCCAGCCCACGGAGGCAGAGACAGCCGUGUGGAACCAGGUCAGCGCUGUGCUGGAGGAGGCUCAUGGGAUCCUAGCCGAGCUGCAGUCCUAUAAUGGCGCGGGCCAGGAGAUACGAGAAGCCAUCCAGAACCCAGGUGACCUCGCUCUUCAGGAGAAGGCCUGGAACGCAGUCUGCCCCCUGGUGGCCAAGCUGAAGAGGUUCUAUGAGUUCUCCCUCCGACUGGAGAAUGCCCUGCGCAGCCUGCUGGAGGCGCUGACGAGCCCGCCGUACGCUCCCAUGCAGCAUCUGGAGAGGGAGCAGGCUCUGGCCAAACAGUUCGCUGAGAUCCUUCAUUUUACGCUCAGCUUUGAUGAACUAAAGAUGACAAACCCAGCCAUUCAGAAUGACUUCAGCUACUACAGGAGGACUAUAAGCAGGAACAGGCUGAACAACCAGCAGCUGGAAGCGGAGAACGAGGUUAACAACGAGAUGGCCAAUCGGAUGUCCCUGUUCUACGCCGAGGCAACACCGAUGCUGAAGACUCUGAGCAACGCCACCACCAAGUUUGUUUCAGAGAAUAAGACUUUGCCCAUAGAGGACACCACAGACUGUCUGAGCACCAUGGCCUGUGUGUGUCGUGUCAUGCUGGAGACUCCGGAGUACCGCUGUCGGUUCACCAACACAGACACCAUGCUGUUCUGUAUGAGGGUGAUGGUGGGCGUCAUUAUUCUCUAUGAUCAUGUUCACCCCGUCGGAGCUUUUGCCAAGACCUCCAAAAUUGAUAUGAAGGGCUGCAUCAAGGUGCUGAAAGAGCAACCGUCCAACAGUGUGGAGGGACUUCUGAACGCACUGAGGUAUACAACACGGCAUCUAAAUGAUGACAGCACCUCCAAACAAAUCAGGGCCCUCCUGCAAUGAAAUAAAAAUGAGAAGAGCCGUGGAGGGAAGGAGGAAGGGAGUGCACUUGAAGGAGGAGGAAAAAGAAGAAGAGGAGGAAACAAACGCCAGUGGCUGAUAAACCUGUUUGUUUACAAUGAACAAAGAAAAUCAUCUCCAGGUUAAGAACAACCUGAUGAUAAUAAGAAGAGGAAAAUAAUUAUAUAUAUUGUCAGCUGUCCAUCAUUCUGUCUCUCAUUUUGUAAAGUAAGAAAAGAGAAAAAAGCCAGAAAAGAAAAUAUAGAUAUAUAUUAAAACAAGUGAAACACAAGCAGCAGAUGAAAAGUAGGUAGGAUUAAAGAGGAAGCUAUAUUGGAAAUUUUAAGGUCAGAACUGAAGCAAAGUGAAAAUGUACAAAAAAAAAAAAAGGGUUCAUGUUCCAGCAGUAGUCUGACAAGUAUUUUUGCACACACUUUGAAAACAACGCCAUCUACUUUUCCCCUGAAAUCUGAUCCCAGACCCGAUUCCCGGAGACUUUCCCUGCGCCCCCCUCACACACACUCAGUUUAAGCGGAGAGGUUUCCAGCAGAUGUAGUGGCACGGCACGGCCUCUCUCUGUCUCCCUCAGCUGCACUGAUCUCCACCCACAGGGGAAUUAAGAAGCAAUAUGAUGGAUACACUCCGGAGAUUUGCUUCCACCUGUUUCAUUUCUUUUCUACAUCAGUGCAGCUGAAGGAAAGGACGCAAGGUGUUUUCAAGCUGCUUCCAUUUCUUCCUCAUUGCCCAUCAAACCCCCCCCACCCCCACCCCCCACACACACUUCCUGCCCACCCAAUCCAUCCAUGGCAUAUGUGUGUUUUUGUUCCAUGGCACAAAAACAUCCAUCCACGUUGUGUACGUGCCCUUAACGCUGUACAUGUUCCAGCACAAAACAUCUUGUGAGUCGUCUGGCUUUACUUGAACAAUGUCGUUCACUCUCUCUCUCUCUCUCUCUCUCUCUCUCCAUGGUGCUAAUGUGGUUUAGAUAUCACAGUAAUAGCUUGUUAGAUAUCAUUUGGCAGGACGACAAAGGGGUUUCUUCAUCCCUUUUUUUGCACUAAUAUGUUAAACCUCAUAUUUAAAGAACAGCAGCUCUGCUUUCAUCUUGUCUGUGGUUUCAUGUUAGUGCCCAAACAGGGAGGAAUCCAAAUCUUAAUGACUUGUUAAGAUCCAGGAAAGGCAUUCUAGGAAACCACAGCACACUUACUUCUUCACCCAGUGCCAAAGCUGAUUGGGUUACGCUCUUACCGCAUCAUCAAGCUAGGCUUGAGGAGGGGAUGGGGGGGUUUUGAGGGGAUGGAGACGUGUAGUCAUGUGAAACAUCACUAAUCAUCAUUUUAAGGAGAUGUGAGGAUUAGAAAUAUGAAGGCGAAGUCAGAAGGUGGUCAAAUUUGCACAGAUGCAUUUUAAAGAGAGAGAUCUGAGUGUUCCAGUGUAAAUAUGCUAGGCUUUUCUCAACAGGCAUCUACAUGGUCAGCUUGGGUCCUCAAGGAAAAAUACAAACAAACAUUGACAUCUGCAUACAACUAGAGUUCUUUCUUUUAGUACGAGGUUGAUAAAGUCGUUCAAUAAGUGGGAAAUAAAAAUGAAAACAAAAAAGAUUCAAAAAGGAGAUUAAAAAGAAGUGCUGUACUUUGGAUGUCUAUAGCCCUUAGUCUAAUUUAAUUUGAUCUUAUAAUAUAUUUUCUAUACAGGGGUAUGUGCACAAGCAUAUUCUGUAUAAAUAUAUAGAUGGCAUGUUGUAAAAGUUCUGACAGAAAUGUGUAAAUAAGGUGUUUUUAUUCAUUUUUAAUUGUUCAGUGACGCUGAAAUUGGGUAUGUGUUGUCUCUCAGAAUUACCAUGCGUUUGGCUUGGACCAUCGGACUUGCCGUAGUCAUAGGUUUCAGAAAUUCAGCUUCAUUAUGGCGAAUGAACCAGAGGGAGGGGCGGGACGUUAUGGGGGGGUAGGGGCUG